CCAAUGAAAUUGACCCUUACUCGUGUGUCGUUACUGGAAGCACAACUUGUCAACAUUGCUGUGCUUUAAUGUAGGCUGCCUCACAGGCUAACGUUAGGUAAAUAGUAAACAGGGAAUUGUAUGUAGCUGUAGGCCAUAAGCAAACCAGUGGACGAUGUCUAGCCGGGCUCUGCGGAGGCUGAAGGGGAAGCAGCGCGGCCAGGAGGACCUGGACCUCGGACACCUAACUUUAGGAGAGGAUCCGGAGGAGCAGGCUGACGAGGCUCCUGUCCCUGUCCAGUCCAACAAGACCAGCAGGAGCCGAAAAGCCAAGAAGAACAAGGCUCAGAAAAACGUCGGCAACAUUUAUGAGCUGAUUUGCGAUGCAGAGAAUGAAACAGAGAAGAUUUCCACUGACGAAAAUGUGGAGAAGCCAGACGGGACCGAUGAUGCUGGUUUGGAGAAAAAUGACAACAGAGACACUGAAGAAAAUCAGCAAAAGGAAGAGGAAAGGGCUACAAAGUCCACAUCUAGAGACAAAGUCAAAAAGAAGAAGAAAAAGAGGAAGACAAAAAUGACCUCAGAGGAUAUACAGGAGGACGGAGCAGAUGAUGAUAUCGAUGCAUUGCUGGAGACCAUCGAGCAGUCCAACGGUGUGACCGUACAGAAUGCUGGCUGUGGAAGUUCAGACAACAGAUCUGUGAUAUACGUGGAGCACAGGAACCUGAAUCCAGAGACAGAGCUGAAGAGAUAUUUUGGGGCUCGGGCUGUUCUUGGAGAUCAAAGACCUCGACAGAGACAGAGACAGUUUCAUCGCAGCACCUGGAUGGCCUCUCCUAAAGACACCUGGCCUCGCUUCAGCCGCCCAGGAAUCUCAAUGACCUUACUCCAGUCAAAGGAUGGCCUGCAGUACUUCACGUUUGAGCACAGUCGAGACUACCAGCAAGUACAGUUCAAGUUCCUGGAUGCUGUAGAGUCCAUGGAUCCAAACAAUAUUGUGACCCUGCUGCAGAUGAACCCCUAUCACAUUGAUUCUCUGCUGCAGCUCUCUGAUGUUUGUCGCAUACAGGAGGAUCAAGAGAUGGCCAGGGACCUCAUCGAGCGGGCCUUGUACAGUUUUGAAUGUGCUUUUCACCCAUUAUUCAGUCUGACCUCAGGGACCUGCAGACUUGAUUAUCUCAGACCGGAGAACAGGGCAUUUUAUCUGGCUGUUUAUAAGCACAUGAUGUUCCUAGAGAAGAGAGGAUGCCCACGGACAGCCUUGGAGUACUGCAGACUGAUCUUGAGUUUGGAUCCAGACUCUGACCCACUCUGCAUGCUGCUGCUCAUUGAUUUCCUGACUCUGCGCUCCAGAGAGUACCACUCUCUCCUCCGCUUAUACCAAGACUGGGAGGAGUACAGAAAUCUGUCCCAGCUGCCAAACUUUGCAUUCUCUGUGGCGCUUAGCCACUUCCAUCUCAGUGAGCAAGAAGACAUCGAUCCUGAGGAAAGUGAAAAACACAGACACAAAGCCGACCUGAUGCUGCAGAAUGCUCUAAUCAUGUUCCCUGGAGUGUUGAUGCCUUUAUUGGAUCUGUGUACUGUGCAGCCAGAUGCUGCAGUCUCAUCACAUGCCUUCUUUGGCCCAAAGAGUCAGAUGGGGCAAUCUCCAGCCCUGGCCGAGCUGAUUGGACUGUAUGUGGGAAGGACUCACACCUUGUGGAGAGAAGGAGGGGUAAUGCUCUGGCUUGAACAGUGUGUGAAGCAAGUGUUGCAUCGAGUCGAUACCAAAGAUCCUCUGGUGGAGGACUGUGAGAACAAGAGAAAGCAGAGGUACCAGAGUGCACCACGCAACAUCCACCGCCAUGUCCUGCUCUCUGAGAUCAAAGAAGCCACCUCUACUCUUCCUUUAGACGUGACCACUCAGCCUGUGAUGGGCUUUGACCCUCUUCCUCCUCUGGACUCAGUGAUCUCUUACAGCCGGCCGCAGAGGCAGAAUGCCAGACCCUCGAAUGAGAGUACGUUGUCGCUGUUUUUCCGUUCUUUGCUGCCAAACUUCAACCUUCAGGGUGGCCCGAGGCAGGAGGACGACAUGGAAGUGGCUCGAGCCGGUCGGGAGCUUAACCAGGAGGUGAAUCGUCUAAUGGUGGCAAUGAGGGACAUGCUGGCCAACAUCCAGUUUCAAGAGCCACCGAGAGAGGACAACCACGACACAGACGAGGAAGAAUGGGACUGAGGGAGGACAGGGACGGGUGAAAUGAGAAGAAUUUAUUCCGAUCAUCAAGAAGAGUGGAAUGAAAAAGAUGAAGAGCAAAUUAACAGGUGGUGUGAGGCUCGAUGGAAGUAAUUUAAGGAUGUCAAAUACAAUUAAAUUAACUUUAAAUGAGACGAGAUGGCAGAUUUGUUUUUUUGUUCUUAAAUGUCACAAUUAAAAAAACAUGUCGGAACGAUGAUAUUCCUUAUGCCAAAGGAAAUGGGCAACAUGUAAUUAUGAGCUGUUUUGUCUGAAGCCUCACUCUCCUCUGCCUUAAGAACAUUUAUGACAAGGGCAAGUUCUGCACAGUUUAAAAAGUCAUUUGUUAUUUAUGCAGUUAAUGGGAGUGCACCCGACAUUUCUGGACAUUACAAACUUUCUCCCAAGUUUAGAAUUCAAAUACAUAGCUCUGAACUGAAAAAUGCAGUAUCUUAAUAAGAAUAAGGAAAACAGCAGCUGAUUAUCUGGAAAUAAGGCUUCAUAAUCACCUUCAGAAUGGAUAAUGUGCUAAAAUAAUAAUGAUAAUCCAACUGAAUAAUGUUUAUCAUUAUCAUUAUUACUAGUUGUAUCAACAGUCACAUUGUUUUUUUUAUGUAAAAUAAUCAAACAUUGUGUGGGUCCACAGUGUCCCACUCAUUGCCUAUGAGAAGCACCAGAUUGUAUAAUUGAUGAUAUCAUGGGUUCAAGUCUUACUCCGCUGGCUUUACUAGAGCUUAUCACUCAGGCAUACUGAGUGGACUGCCCUAUACAAUGGGAACAACAUCACCAAGUUGCUUAUUACUACUAAAAUAUUUUGCAUGGCAACAACUUUACACAGGUUUAAUACCCCGAAGAACUGCACCUUUUAUACAGGAAGCUUUUAUUCUGACUGUUGCCUUUGGAAUUUGCCAUAUUCACGUCAGUUCAGUGCAGGGGAUUUAAAGGUUAAUAUCAAAUAGGAUAAUGGGCCUGAGGUGAAUCGGAUUUGCUCCAAAUGAUAUGAUUGAGGCACACAGUCGUUGCUGUCUUUGGAUAGAUUCCUAUAACCAAAUUGAAUAUGGAAGUUUGUAAUGGUUUAAUUUUAGAGCCAGCCAACCAGUGCUUGCAUUCAGCUACAAAUCAGGAGUAGCACACAAUCAGAGGCUGUGCCCGGUUUAAUCCAUUUUAUAACCCACCCUCCAGAACCACUGCGAAGCGUAUUUUAAAUAAAUUUAUGCAGUGUCGUCAAUGAGAAAAAAAUUUGAUUUACAAAAUGACACUGACAUGACCCACUUAAACAAUUAUGAGUGCUGAGCUUCACUUUUUCAGACAAGCCUUUUAGAGGGAUACUGCAACUGUAAUAAACUUGUACAAAAGUCACUGUGAUGUAAUUUAUUUUUCCUUAGAGGUUUAUAAUCAUUAAUCCAGUCCACGUGAAGCUCUUUUUUUUUUUUUUGCUCCCCUUCAUUUGGUGGUCAGGGCUACAGUGGCUUCAGAAAGUAUUCAGACAUCUGCACUUCUAAUCCAUACUAUUAUGUCAUAUUGACUUAAUUUAAAAUUUUACAUUUUUUGUCAUCAGUCUACACACAAUAUGAGAAAGGAAAACCUGUUUUAAGAAGUUUUGCCAAUUAAACUGUUUUAACAACAAAAAUUA